AUGGAGAACAUUCGCGUACGCUUCCGCGAAGAGUCCUUCUACACGUACACUGGCAAGUCACUCAUAGCCAUCAACCCCAUGAAGCCUGUUGCUGAGCUGUAUGAUCGAGCACACAUCCUCAAGUACAACAGUAUCCAGGAACUGUGUGACAUUCACUUGGAAGACCCGCACAUCUAUGCCGCGGGAGAGACGGCGUUUCGACAAAUGAUCCAAACACAGAGCCCUCAGAGUGUUAUUGUGAGCGGAGAGAGUGGCGCAGGGAAGACGGUCACCUCCAGGUAUCUGCUACAAUACUUCACCAUCGUCGCCGCAUUAGCCAAAGAACGCGAAGAUGCAGAGCACGAGAGCAGCGCCACAAGUCUAAUCAACAGUCGACCAGCCACACCCCCACAGCAACUACAACAACAACAACAACAACAACCACCCACCGCCAUGAUGCGGCACCACUCGUCUGUGCACGCGUUACACGAACGCAAGGGCGAGAUGGAGGCCAAGAUCAUUGUGUCGAAUACGCUGCUGGAAGCCUUUGGCAAUGCAACCACGCUGAGUGCCACUGUAGCAACGGGUGUGGCCUCUAAAAAACCGCAGGUGAGACAGAAUACUCCGGCAGAAGACGUAAAGGAAAUGGCCGCCACGCGCAAGGCCUUCAAAGACCUGGGAGUGCCAGAGAAGGUGCAGAGUGAUGUGUUUCAAGUGUUGGCUGCCAUUCUGCAUUUGGGACAAAUCGACAUCAACCAACUGGUGGCCAAGCGAGUGGACGAAACAGCCGACAACAACAGUCUGGCGGUGGCUGCUCAGUUGUUGGGGGUGGAGCCCAGCAAACUGGCACACAUGCUCAAACACCGCAGAAUAACCGCCAGAGGAGAAGUGUUCUACUCGCCCACGUCGUGUGAAGAGGCUGCGGGGCUGAGAGAUUCGUUCGCAAAGGCCCUUUACUUGGCCCUCUUUCUGUGGGUGGUUGACCAGGUCAACUUCUGCACCUCAGCAGAUUCACACCGCAACUACAUAGGCAUUCUAGACAUCUACGGCUUCGAGUGCUUUGCGGAGAAUGAUUUAGAACAGCUCUGCAUCAACUACGCCAACGAGAAGUUGCAGCAGCAGUCAGUGGGCCACAUCUUCAAAGAAGAGCAGCUGCUGUACGAACGAGAAGGAAUUGCGUGGAGCUUUGUAGAGUACGCGGACAACUCGCCGUGCCUAGACCUAUUAGAAGGCCCCGGGGGUGUCAUCAGUUUGCUCAACGAGCAGAGCAGUCUGAAACGCGCGGCAGAUCCGGAAGCCUUCACCACGCGACUGUACCAAGAACACGCAGCCGACGCACAGUUUGGUCAGCUCAAAGCAGGACCCUCCACGUGCCAGUUCACCGUCAAGCACUACGCCAUGGAUGUCACGUACUCCACGGGGGCGUUCAUCGGGAAGAACCUUGACGAUAUCAACACCGAGUUUGUUGAGCUGGUGCAAUCGUCGCCCAUUGAGUUUGUGCAUCAUCUCUUUGAACAGCCCGAUCUCGUGCACAGCCUGCACCUGGGCAACGACACCCCGUCCCGAGGCCGCAAAGGCCCAUCUACCGUUAUGUCCCGGUUUAAGAGUUCGCUCAAUGAUCUCAUGGACAUGCUCAACAGCACAACUCCCCACUACAUCCGCUGCAUCAAACCGAACUACGAGCAGUCGGGCUAUCUGUCGUCCAGCGCCACCACUGUCCAACCCGAAGCCACACUCCAGAAAUUGGGGCACAAACCGUCCCUGCCAUCCAUCAUCACCACCGCAGCACCCGUCAGGAGAAGAGGUGGAGGUCGAGCGACUGGCGACGCCACCGAACCGAACAGCACACUUGCCUCCAAAUUUGACUACGAAGAGUUCGUCGACGCCUACUGGCCUAUAUAUGGUGAGGCGGUUCUGGAUGAGAGCAUGGACUUGAGAGUUGCAUGCAAGAAGAUUUGUGCCUGUAUACCAGGAGAGUCCAGCCCUGACAACGUGCAAGAGGGGAUGACGAUGCUGUUCUUAAGGUCCAAUGAGAUGUACGCGUUGGAUCACUUGUUGCACCAAGCCAUCACCCGCGCGGCGGUUACGAUACAGAGCUGGUGGCGUGCUAUUAAUAUACGCAUUAUGAUUGGACGAUGGAGAAAGGCUGUGGUCGUGUUGCAGCGACACGUGCGCAUGGUGAUCGCUCGCAAUAGAUACCAACGUGAGAAGUCGGCCUGCCUCGUACUGCAAACACGAUGGCGUGGGCACAGAGCACGAAGGCUAUAUAUAGAACAGCGGAAUGCUGCGGUGGCCAUUCAAUCCAACUACAAAGCACUCACAGCCCGCCACAGUUAUCUUCUGAGGCGAACGGCUGUGAUAGUCAUACAAACACGCAUCCGGGGAGUCCAGGCGCGCAGGGCUUACCUGGCCUUACUAGAGCGCAGAGUAGAGUGUGCCGUGUUUCUGCAGGCGCACAUCCGUGAUUGGCUGGAGGUUGUGAGGGAGCGCAACGCGGUCAACGAGCAGAUUGCACAACUGCAGCUGACCAUUGCUUUGCUUCAG